AUGCCUGAGCAGCCCGAGAGCCUUCCUCGAAGAGGACUGGCAUGGUGGUUCCCCGACCGCGGCAGGCAGGUCCCCCGGCGGACGUUUCCUCUACCUCUUCUGUAUUUUGGGAACCAGAUCACAGGACUGUUCAGCACAAAGAAACUGAACCUGCCGAUGUUCACCGUCCUGCGAAGGUUUUCCAUCCUGUUUACAAUGUUUGCCGAAGGAUUCUUGCUCAAGAAAAAGUUUUCUUGGAGUAUUCAGAUGACAGUAUUUGCUAUGAUCAUCGGUGCGUUCGUAGCUGCUAGUGCUGACUUGGCAUUCGAUCUGGAAGGAUAUAUUUUUAUCCUUAUUAACGAUGCCUUAACAGCUGCAAACGGUGCCUAUGUGAAACAGAAGCUGGAUUCAAAGGAACUGGGAAAAUACGGUCUGCUCUAUUACAAUGCACUGUUUAUGAUCUUUCCCACCUUGACCAUUGCCUACUUCACCGGAGAUGCGCAAAAGGCAAUGGAGUACCAGGGCUGGGCAGACACGCUCUUCAUUGUGCAGUUUACGCUGUCGUGUGUAAUGGGGUUUAUUUUGAUGUACUCCACGGUUCUUUGCACUCAGUAUAAUUCUGCUCUUACAACUACAAUAGUUGGCUGCAUUAAGAAUAUUUUAAUAACUUAUAUUGGGAUGUUUUUUGGAGGAGACUAUAUUUUUACAUGGACAAACUUCAUUGGUUUAAAUAUCAGUAUUGCUGGAAGCCUGGUGUAUUCCUACAUCACGUUCACGGAGGAGCAAAUGAGCAAGCAGUCUGAGGCUGGCAUCAAGAUGGAUAUUAAAGGAAAAAGCUCUGUGUGACCAGGGAAAGGCUUUUUUUGGAAGCAACCUAUUUCUGUUCAGCUGAUCACGGGUAGAAUGCAGGAGGGAAUCCGGGGCAUCUGCCAUGGAGUAACGGUGAUGCUCUUAAUUCGCACAAUCUAGAUUGCUGCCUUUACAAAUUAUUGGGAAGAUAACUGACUGCACGAUGAAGGAUACAUCUAAUUAAGUCUGAUCGUGAAGAGUUAAUGGGUUUCUAAUCACACAGAUUUGGCAGUAGAGAUUGGCACCAGCACCGUACACGUUUGAAUCGCGAAGGACUGUGUCGGCUCUGAGGGCCGUACCCUGAGCAUCCUUGGCUGCAUCUCGUCUCGGUGCAGCUACCACCCAGCGCAGCCGGGGAUGGAUGCUGGGGCUGGCUCUGCUCUGUGCCUCCCCCAGCCUGGAC